AUGCAAAUUCUCCUCGUGAUUGUUUCUGCGUCGAUCGUAAAAGCGGAUGUGGGCUACUAUGAUAUUGCAUCAACUAUAUCACCCGCAGAUUCCCACGCUUAUUCUUUAUCAAAUCCAAAAGCUGUUCGGUAUAGACCAAUACAACGUAGGAAUUAUGAGCCAUCGGUCUCCAAAUUCGAAAACGGCAGCCGCAUUACUGGACUUAUGGAUUUGAUGAUAGAUCUUGGCAAGACAGCACAAGAAAGUGGAAUUGUUGACACAGAAGUGUCUUUGAUUCGAUUAUUUGUGCAACAAUUGCUUACCAUUUCCGUCUGUUCACAAUUUUAUCAAGUGCUGGAAGGGCUUACGAUUUCCCCGACGGCUGAUCGAGUUGGAGUGAUUCUAUACAGCAGUUCAAUUAGAAAAAAGGAGAAGAUAAAAUUGGGAUCAAUAAACGAUGCUGUGAAGCUUGCCACAGCGAUUAAAGCAUUACCAUUUCUCUCUGGAAUCACAUCCACCGGUGCGGCUCUGAAACUAGCCAUGGAUUCCUUAAAAGCUCGAAGAUCUAACGUCCGCACCAGUGUUGUUGUAAUGACCGACGGAUUUAGCUAUGACACAGUAAACGAGUACGCAGCGAAGCUUCGUAGAAUGCCAAAUGUCAGCGUGUAUACCGUGGCUAUAGGUGAAAUUUAUGUCAGAAAAGAACUGGAAGCCAUAGCUGGAACGCCAAAUAGUACACUCUACGGUUCGUCAUCCUAUGGUCAGCUAGUGAAGCUCAUCAAAAAGUGCAAUGAUCAACCUACGAAGUACGAGAAGGUGGAUACUGCUACAGUGCAUUACACUAAAACCGUUACGGACAGCCAAGGUCGACAUCUCAUUCCUAUACCUCAUUUGAAUGAAAUCUCUUAUGAAGAACCAAUUGGAGAGUCAACAAGAGUUUCGGGAAACAACUUGGAAAGCUCUGGAUGGAACGAUCCGAAAACGGGCAAUGAGGGCUUGAAAUAUUUGGAAACUGAGGGCUCCGGAGUCUUGGCAGAUCAACAAAGUUCUGGAGGAUCUGCUCGUACCGCCUCCAACGUGCUUAAAGAUGACUCGCUAAGUACUACCAUGCAGCAAACGGAUCUACUAAAUUCGAUUGAUAAUGGGAAUGAAGAGGAGCGAAACAUCAAGAACUUUGCUGCAAUUCCCACCUGUCGUUACGACAUUGUCCUUGUGUUCGACGCAUCUGGAUCACUUAAGGGAAGGUUUGGAGACGAGCUUGAAAUUGCCAUUCGCCUCAUUGAUAAAUUAGUAAUCGGCCCCAAUGACUCUCAGAUCGCUGUCAUCAAAUACGCUGGUAGUGGGAAAUCGCGUGUAAUUCUCGAUUUUAACCAUAUCACCGCUAAGAAAGAAAUCAAGAAACGAAUUGCUCGCAUAAAAUUUUUGAGUGGAACGACAUGCACAAAUGAAGCGCUACUGAAAGCCGCUAGUGUCUUCUCUAGAAAAGGCGCAAGACCUAGCAAAGCGAAACCGAUUGCUAUUGUAUUCACAGAUGGUUACAGCACUGUGGAUCCAACAGAAGAUUCACUUGAUUCAGGAGCUCGUUUUCUGCACAACAUGGGGGUAAUGGUAUUUGUUAUUGGCAUGGACAAGGAUGGCAAACCUAUAAAUCGAAAAGAGCUCGAGCUGAUUGCUGGUCAUUCAUCAAGAGUUUAUACAAUGUCGACUAUCUCCGAAUUUGAACGGGAACUCUGCAGAGUCGGCAAGAACUGUUUGGAAAAAGCCCAUUCUCCAAACAGCUAG